GCAGGUGAUUUCCCUCGCCUACCCACUACCUCGUUUCGCAGCCGCACCGUCCCCUAAGCUUCAGCCACUACGCUCCUUCGCGGUCUUUUCCCUUACCUACUCCGGUUCUCAUCAUGAACUGCGGUCCGUUCUACAUUCACAUUACGAGAUCAACUGGCGCUUCCUAAACAUUGUCGCGGUAGGAGCAUGUCUCUGCCGGGACCAAAUGUCCGUAUCAGCAUCGAUUCCCGACACUUCGCUUGGCCUUACAUCCUCCGAGAUCCAGAUCCUAAGACAGCAACAACAAAUUGCACUUCAGGGCAGCCAUGGCGCCAAUGGUGUGUCCAGAGGCAGGGGGACCGGACGCACCAGCAAUUCCAGUUCGCGCGCCGCCAGCGCCGCCAGCAGUCAGGGUCGUUUGCUUCUGGACCCUCUGAGUUUACGAGCGCUUUCGCAGCAGUUGGAUGCCUUACAGCAACAAAUUCGGAGUCGCAUUGACUAUCUCGAGGAACAAAUGCAACUAUCGAUUCAAAACAGCUACGAUCGUGCUGGAAAUGUUGUACGCAAUGCCGAUGCUGAAAUCGCCCGCACACGUUCCAUUCUAGCCUCCAUAGAUGAGCUGGAUACCGAGCUUGCCAAGAUCGGUCACAUAAGAGAAAUUGUGAAAGCAUACCGUGGCCGCAUAGAAGGUCUUGACCAACGCCUGGACCAAGCUGCCCGUCGGAGACAUUGAGACACGCCAACCUACCCUAUUCGCUUCAAUUAGUACCGUCUUCUUCUACAACCUGGUCUACUCAUCACCGCGUUUCGCCUAUGGCGCCCAUUUGUCAUCAUU